AACAACAUGACCAACAACAUCAACAUAAAGAAGAAACAUAACCGUAUACAUACUCUCUUGUUUGACUUGGACAACACACUCUAUCCACUAUCAUGUGGACUAACAGAGAUAUUAACACAGAGAAUCUCUAAAUAUAUGGUCGAUAAGCUCAAUGUACCAGAGGACAAAGUCGAUGAGAUAAGAAUUGGAUAUUAUAAUAAGUAUGGUUUAACAUUGAAUGGACUGAUAGUCAAUCAUAAUGUUGAUGUACAAGAGUAUCUAAGAGAGGUUUAUGGUGGCGUGGAGAUUGAGGGCGUAGUGCCGAGGGACGAGAAAUUGGGCCAGGUCCUUAGGAGCAUCGACCCAUCAAUCAAGAAGCUAAUCUUUAGCAAUGCUGAUAUUGCACAUUGUCGUCGCAUCCUCAAGGCACUGGGCGUGGAGGACUGCUUUACCGAUGUGCUUGAGUAUCAUGGCAUGUUGGAGAACACCAAGCCACACCCGCUGUCCUACCAGCUGGCGCUCAAGAUGGCCGACACGACCGACGCGUCUGGCGUCGUCUUUUUCGAGGACACUGCCGUGAACCUGGAGGGCGCCAAACAAGCCGGCAUGAUCACCGUACUGGUCGGCUCGUCGUCCGACCAGUCAUACAUCGACUACUGCAUACCAACCAUUCACGACCUCGUCACACUGUUCCCAGAGAUCAUAGUCAAGGACUCUUCAUCC